GUAUAAAACAGUUGUUUAUUGUAAAAAGGCGCGCUACAUCGCUUCUACUAUAAUACGCAUAUUCUUUCAAUAAAAUUUAUAGCUAAAUCAAAAAAUAAAAAAAAAAAGAUGUGUAAAAAUAUAGAAUAAUGAAAUAAUAAGUGAUUUAAUAUUAAUUUUAAUUAUAUAAAAAAAUAUUAUUGUGAAAAUUCAUUUAAAAAAAUUUUUUUUCUUAGUAGAAAAUUAUAAAAAACAGAAGCAAAAAUGAUUGUAGCAUGUGGUGAUUAAGAGCUUUUCUACAAUAUUUUUGUGCUACUACUUUUUUUUUCUUUUCUUCGACCAUAUUUUUUUUAUUUAAUUCAUUUGAAUUAAUUAUAUACAGAAAGAGAAGAAAAAAAUUAUCAAAAUCUUAAUCUAAUUAUUUAAUUUAUUAAGAUUUAUAUGAAAAAAUAAUAUUUUGUAUAUUAUUUUUGAAAAAAAAAUAAAAUUAUUUAACAUUAACAACAUAACAUUGCGUGUACAUAACAAUAAUUUGGUGGUGCCCGAUGAGAAAUGAAACAAAAACAAAAUUUCAUUUGGCUUUUAGCAUUAUUUAUAUUAGCAUUGGAUUUAUGUUUUGGUGGCAGUCAUGAAUCACAAUUACGUAUCGGAAAAUCAAUUAAUAUAUUUGUUCGUUAUGGUUAUCUUAGCAUAUCAAUGAAAGUUAUUUCAAAUAAUGAUACUGAAAGGUGGUUAUUUAAGGAGCCUACAAAAAAUAUUUACAAGGACAUGAGCUCUUUAACUGAAACCAAAGAAGAGAACUCACCCGGUAUAUUCCAUGGUGAUUUUCAUAUGGAAUUCUGUGACAAUCGACGACAAUUAUAUCAAGCAUAUUUUCGUGAUUUUACAAUAGAACGAUUAGAUAAGCCAUGGGAAGCUUUUACUGGUGGUUGGCAUUCAGAAUUAGCUGCAAAAAAAUUAGGAGUUAAUACAUCAUUUAUUCGUGGUGAAUAUUCAUAUGUUCUAGUCAGAGUUGUUAGAUUUCGUGAAGUCGGUAAAUUAAAACGAUCAAUACCAUCUAAUCAAAAACUUGAAAAUGAUGUAUACGAAAGAAUACAACAACUGAAGACUGGUAACAGUACUGAUGCUAUUAAAUUUAUGGAGUCAUUUGGUACACACUACAUUAGUUCAUAUACAACAGGAAAUUCACUAUAUCAAGUGUUCGUUUAUAAUAAAAUGAAUUAUCAAGUAAUCAAAGAUCGAUUAAAAUCAAAAGGAAUUUCAGGUUUAUCAAAAUUAGAUUUAUAUAAUUUUUUUGCGCCAUGGUAUGCUGAACAUUUAGGGCAAAUAAGAUCAGCAAGUGGGAACACAACAAUUGAAAGAUGGGCUAGAAGAAAACUUCAAUAUCAAUAUUAUUUCUUUAGAUAUUCAACGCUCUUGAAAUUGCAUGGGAAUGGAACUUUAUUACGUUCAUUAGAUCAUAUAUUGGAUAAUGAAGCUAUUUUACAAUUAGAUUUAAAAUCACUAAAUGUUAUAUUUAGGGAUAACGAUAAACAAAAAUGGUUUCAAGAAGUUUUAGAUAAUUAUAUGAAAUUAUGGGAAGUAAAUAUGGGACUAAAUUGAAAUAAUUUUAAAAUAAUGCGAAUACUUUUAAUAAAUUAUAAAACUACUUUUAUAAUAAAAUAAAACAUUUAUUAUUUUUUUACUUAUAAAAAUAAAUAUUAUAUUGAUGAAUUGAAAAUCUAUACGUAAUGCUAUUCUAGAUUAAUAUAGCCAGAGAUUUUCCUAUAUUUUUAAAUAUGUCCUUUUAAUAAAUAUUUUCAAAAUGUUAUAAAUAUUGUUACAUUAAAAAAUAAUAAUUCUCUUUAAUUUUAAGUAGAAUAUUUUAUCUGUGAUAGUUUAUAGUGUAGAUAAUUUUAAAACUUUAAUAAGUAUAAUAUCAAAAUGUAUAAGUUUAUUUUGAAAGUAAUAUUAAGA